CUUUUUGCUCUGAAAAUAGCUUAUUCUUACUUCUUGUUUACAUUUUUCUUGGGUUGUUGCUACUCAUCAAUCUUUCUCAUCUCAACAUUGUUUUGUAUUUUACUUAUUUCUAUUACUAUUUGUAUCUUUUAAUUAGAGUUAAAUUGUGUAAAGAUGUUCAAGAGACCAGUUAAAAUUAAUUUUCGAAAGAGAGAAGAGGAAAAAUCAUCCGAUGAAGAGGAGGAAGAAACUGUAAUCUUUAGACCGAGUAAAAAGGUUUGUAUUGGUCGGAAUGUCGGAAGAGAAAACAAUUCAAAGGUUGAAUCGAGUUCUGAUUCUGAUGGAGAAGAAGAUGAAUCAUCAAUUUCUGUAUCAUAUUCUACCAGUAAGGAUAUUAUUCGUGAAGGACCUAAAGACAUGGGCGCAACAUCGGAGAGACAAAUUGACAGCGAUAAGGAAGGUGUUAGUGGGAACAAAUUUAUCGCCAAAGGACCGAUGAAAGCUCCUUCCAAUAUAAGGUCAACAGUUCGAUGGGAUUAUCAGCCUGAUAUUUGUAAAGAUUUCAAGGAGACGGGAUUUUGUGGUUUCGGUGAUUCUUGUAUUUUCCUACAUGAUAGAAGUGAUUAUAAAGCUGGUUGGCAAUUAGAAGCUGAAGCUCGCAAAGGAACUUAUGGUGAAGAUGAUGUUAAUUACGAGAUUACAGAGGAGAAAGAGAUUCCAUUUAAAUGUUUAAUCUGCCGAGAAGGUUUUACUAAUCCAAUUGUCACCAAAUGUGAACAUUAUUUCUGUGAGAAAUGUUUCUUAGCCGAAUACAGGAAAAGUACAAAGUGUUUCAUUUGUCAUGUUCCAACCAAGGGAAUAUUCAAACCCGCUGAUAUUUUCAAAAAAUCGACCAAAAAGAAGAGACAAACUGAUGAGGAUGAUGAAGAUGAUGAGGAUGAACAAGAAGAUGACAAGGAUCAGAUCAAAGAGGUUGAAAAUUUUACCAAUUGUGAUAGUGAUCAAGAAGACGAUUAAUCUGAUUGUUUCAGAUUAUAAAACAUCAAUUUACUCCAUGGAACUGCAAUUCUAAUCAACAAUCAAAGAAAAAAUCGGUUAAAAGUUUUUCUGGUUUUCUUUUUUUUCGACUUUUUCUCCAUAGACAUUUAGUGUCAUCUUGUUUUCUAUUUUGAAACUAAA